UCCCGGUGCUGCAUGUGCCUGCCAAUCGUCAAUUUUGACGCGCACAUUCAUUCUCGACUUUCACUCGUACACCACCACACUCGUGCAAGAUUCAUUUUCUUGUCAUGACAGCCAUGGCAAGCACCGGCAACACCGCAGCAGCCAACUCCCAACAAACAAAGCCCAAUGAUAACCUUUACACUGCGACUCAGGACUUGCUUACUUUUCCUCGCUACUCGGAUCUCACCAUCACCUGUGGCAAUCGGAAAUGGCGAGUACACAAGAGCGUGGUGUGCCAACGAUCGCCCUUCUUCGCGAAAGCUUGUGAAGGAGGAUUCAAGGAGGGCAGUUCGGGAGUUAUCAAUCUGGCAGAGGACGAUCCGAUCGUCGUCAACGAGCUGAUACGCCACAUGUAUGCCUUCAAAAUCGAUGAUCAAGCUGCACUGCCCUGGCUCGGCUCCCUGGUGUUCAUGGUGCACGUCGUUAUCAUCGCCGACAAAUACGACGUUCCCCGAGUCGCCAAACUGGCGGAGACUAGAUUCAGCGAGCGAGCCAAUACGGAUUGGGCAACUGACGACUUUGCCACUGCCAUUGAGCUUAUCUACGGCUCCACUGCUCUGCUCAAAAGUGAACUGCCCCGGUGCGUCGUCCGCGUCGCGCUAGCUCAUGACCACGUCGUGUUCGCAGAGGGCAAACGGAAUGCCAUUCGUGCUGUGGCAGAUCGAGUACCGGAAUUCGCCACGGCGCUCGCUUCAGGCAUGCACCACAAGAUCGCCCUGACAGCGCAAGCAGUGCAAGGGCUCAAGUCUUACCAGUGCAAGCACUGCCACAAUGUCGCGUUUGAGAAGAACAUGCCUGCCAACCUCAAUAUCUAUUGCAGGUCGUGCAAUACCUUUUACCCGGAGUCAGGAUUCAUCGUCUCCACUGUCCUCAACUGAGAUGAUAAUGUGGCUUUGGCAGUACGAAAAACGCGUGGAGAUUGAAAUUACGGCGAGGGCAAGGACUACUACCGGGCUGACGUCAAGAAACCAUACACGGUGGGAUAGCGAAUGUACUUGGUC